GAUGACAGCAACCGUAAACUUCACACCUCGGAUAACAUCGGCUGACAGGCUUUCGACGGCAAAAUAACAACAUAAUCCCCACGCAAACGAUCCUUACGACGCCACGUAGGGAACCGGGAUCCGUCGAGAAGACGCAGUUGGGUCAUCGCGUGGGCAGACGUCUCUCUUAUAUCACGAUAGGAUCGUGUGUGUACACUCACACGGAAAUGUACACAUAUACAUAUAUCUCGAUGUCGUGUGCGAGGAAACGCAGCGCGCGCACAGCCAACAGCGUCGUCGUAGGGUGCUCACCACCGCGAGUCGAGAGAUGGGGAAUGCUCGUUCACCAAGGUGGGGGUUGGUUGAUCGACCGUACCUACCCGCUUUUCUACUCGUCCUGCCGAGCCCCGACAUUCAUUCCACCCCGAGCCGGCGAAUCCGUUAGGACGUACCCGUUCUUCAGCUGGUGCCAACCGAAGGAUCAGCGAAAAAGAAGACGAGCGUAGGGUAAAUUAGCGAUCGUCACAUCUCGCAAGAUGACGUACAACUGGGCGUGGUUGCUGCUACUGUUCUCGCUAGUCUCGAUAGGCAUAUGCUUGCCCACGAGCUUGAUCGAGGACGUGAAGAAAGCGGAUCAGGCCAUGAAACCAAAAUCGAAACGAACACAGGAGAUGCUAAUGUUUGGCAAUCAACAGAAUCGACAAGUUAACGCUGCCGCCAGUGACUCUUUCACGUCGAAUGCAGAGAAACGAACUCUUGCUUCUUCGGGACUGGGAGGCUUAAAAGCUGCUCUCGCUGAGGAUGAUAAACCAUCUCAGCCCAAUUCGCCUAGCAACUCCAUGUAUGAGCAGACGCCAUAUGAAAAGAAUUACGAUUACGAUAAGGUCCUUCUGAAUGAGGUCGAGGAGAAUGGACCGCGCGUAUGGGAUGUGCCACCAUAUUCUCGAUACUACACGGGCGAGGAUCGGCGCAAAAGAUCGACAGAAAAGUCCACCGCACAGCCAAGCAUUACAACGUUGCAGCCUCCGACGUACCAGACGGUACGACCUCCGAGCCAGAUGUACUAUAAAACGCGACUACCUACCUCUCUUCCACCUACCCAGCAAUCGGUGCAGACUCAAGAUAAGAGAAGCGUUCCGUUCUACCAAGAACCGCGAUUCAAACGAGAAUUACCCUUGGACAUUGAUCCUGACGAUGUAUUGACCCUUCUAUCACUGUGGGAAAAUGAACGACGUAACGGAAACUGGCGCAACUAUGCUAAAGAGGAAUAUGAGAAUAUGAUAGAUGACAAUGGUUUUCUUGACGAGGAGGGCACUAGAAAUGCUCUUCCAUGGUUAGAUGCGCCGGUAUAUCCCUCUCGACACUACGAUACGUUAUCGCCCUCCGACAUCGGAAUAGUUCGAACCCAUCCACCCAGCUAUUACGACCAGUUGGAUCAACAGUACGAAGGUACCGCUCAAUACGGAGGUCCUCAAUAUAGUAAUUCGCAGUACGAUUUCGUUUACCCUCAGCGUGCCUACUAUCCUCAUGAGAAGAGAUUCAUAGUAUCUAAAAAGCGAACACAGAGCUACGAUCCGUACUCUACGGCUCAAUUGCAAUUAAGCUCCCAGCGUAGUUAUCAAUAUCCCCAUCGCAUUGUCUAUUAAGUAAUCUGCGAUGUGGAGUUGUCUAGAGGCACUGCGUGAGAGUUCUCAGACAAAAAUUCUAUUGAAAAAGGAAAAAUCAACAAUUGAUGUUUCCGGAGAGGGCUGAUACUCUUUGGACGAACGGCCCUCGCUGUCUCUUCUCCUCAACUAUUCUCCCUUUUUUUCACAGGGAGGAAAAAGAAACAGAUGCAAUGGCGGAUUUAUUCGUUUUAAGAAAAAUGGUGCUCAGAAAAACAGAAAGAGAGAGAGAAAGAAUGAGA